UACGUCCGUAUCGUAUAAAGAAAUUCCCAAUCGACCAGGUUCGAAACGCCGGAGAGGCAACUAUAUUCUUCAUUCUUCACGCUUAAUUCUCCUUUGACAGAAUUAGUUUUCCUGAAAAGUCUGAUGUUAUCGGUCUUCAGGGAGCGCGGAUUCGUUUCACACACUGUUUGGAUCUAAGAAAUACUUAAACAUCUCUUGAAUUCAAAGGCCGUAACAAUGGAGACCGUGAAGGCAAUGUUGAAGCCGAAGCCAACUCCACAGCAACAAUUGCGCGAGUGGCAGAGGCGUCUCAAACAGGAGUCCAGAAAUAUCGAUCGCCAAGUCCGUGAUAUUCAGCGUGAAGAAAAAGCUGUGCAGAAAGCAAUUAAAGAAGCAGCAAAGCGAAAUGACAUGACAUCAGCAAAGGCUUUGGCAAAGGAAAUUGUAAGAUCGAGACGAGCAGUGCAACGUCUAUAUGAAAAUAGGGCACAGCUGAAUUCAAUAUCUAUGCACCUAGGAGAAAGUGUUGCGACUGCUCGAGCUGUUGGACAUUUGUCAAAAAGUACAGAGGUUAUGAAGCUUGUGAAUGGUCUCAUGAAGGCUCCAGAAGUGGCUUCUACAAUGCAAGAAUUUACGAAAGAAAUGACCAAGGCAGGAGUCAUUGAAGAGAUGGUGAAUGAUUCAGUUGAUUCUGCACUAGAUUCUGAGGAUAUCGAAGAAGAAACUGAGGAGGAAGUCGACAAAGUAUUGAGUGAGAUUGCUGGGGAGACGGCAGCUCAAUUGCCUGCAACUACACGAAGGGAGAAGAUGAAACAGCCCGCUCAUGAGGAAAUGAAGCCUGGAGAGCAACAAGCUGUUGCUGAGGGUGUUGAUGAUGAACAAGAAAUGGAAGAGAUAAGGGCACGGCUUGCGAAUGUUCGCUCAUAGAUAAGAAUGUUAUGUGAAUCAGAGAAAACUGAUACUUGUGUAUUCUAAGUAUAUUUCACUCUUAAUGAAGUUAUCUGAUCUAUAACUGAGACUGACAUUGAGUUCCGGAGCUUUGGAAUGCACCAAAGGAACUUGUGAAGAUUUAAGGAGUAAAAAUUUAUCAGCACCAAGUAAAACAGCAAGUAUGAAGAGGAUCCCAUGUAUUGAAGCUUUGAACAUUUAGGUGGUAUUCACUAGUUUUUCAUUU